CGGACCUGGAGGCUCUUGCGUGUAAUCCUGGCUAUGCAGUAGGAGACUGAGCGUACCUGAUGCUGGUGUUCAGGACUGCACCCCGGGGUGCUGAGCAGGUGUCUGUGCUCAGGAUAUUGGGGUUGAGUUUCCUGGGUGAGAUGCUGCUGAUUCAGAAAAGGAUUAGACAUUUAUAUGGACAAUAUCAUCCAAACUUUGCUGGUAUACCAAAUGUAGAAGAGCCACUUUCGAUCUCUUGGCUUCUACCCCCUACCCUGCUGGCAGGGCAUUGUGCAGCACCCUUUCCAGCCUACCUGGGUGCAGGAGAUCGAGGAAGAGAGCAUCUGCCAUCCAGCUCCAUCCCAGCAAUGGCAGCAGGGAUUAUCCUUUCUCCUCCUCUCCCUGGUGCAGAGACCCCCAGUGCCGAGCAGGAGUGGGCUGAGGAGGAGGAGGAAGAAGAGAAGGAGGAGGAGGGUGUGUCCCCUGAACAAGACACCAUCAGAGUCAUCCAGGAGCACCUCUGGGGCAGAGCUGAGCUGGUGGCCAAACAGCUCCGCUUCCUCCAUACUCUCCCAUGUCUGUGCUUCUCGGCACAGCAGCAGGGGCUGAACACUCUGAAGCCCCACUUCUCCAAAGUGGCCCUCGUGGAGAGCAUUGCGGAGCUGAUUGAAAAUCUGCCCGUGGUGCCAGAGCCAACCUUCAUCAUCUCCAGCUUCAUGGCCGCAGUUUGCAGCCUCAGCAAACUGAAGCAGCUGCUUGCCCUGGAGCUGGAAUCACACCUCCUGCGGGCUCUUCUUUACACCAUCUUCACCAUAGGCACUGGGAAGGAUACCACCCACUUCCAGGCUCUGCACAACAUCUAUUUACAGAGCCUGGACGCCAUGGUCGGGUGCCUGCUCACCGAGACCCCCCCCCCCGCCAGAAAAGCUGCAGCACGUCUUGGAGUGAGCUGUUAGCCAGUGAGUGGCCCAUCGAACGGACACUUAAUUCACAACGGACCAUGGGAGGUGCCCAUCUACACUGAACGGACUUUUCUGUGAACGUUCCAUCUGAUGUAUCCUGCAAAGUAACCAUCCUGCAAUGACUGAGCAAAAUCGGUCAUGGAUGGGGACUUGCCCAUGUGACUCCAAGCUCCCAUCUUUCACCUGUGAUUUUCCACUAGCUGUGCUGAGGACUUUGAAACAGUGGGUCUCCCUUCACAUGACAGAAGUUAAAAGAGGCCCUGGAAACAUCUCCACUGUGCCUCUGUCCUGCUUCAGCCUCUUUCCUGCUCAAACCUCUGGACUAUGGACUUAUAUUAAUGGGAGCAUCUAACCAAGGAAGAGGAACUUCCAGUGAUUUGGAAGCACCCAAAGACUUACCAAGCCAGCAGUUUAUUCCAUCACUGCUAUAAGCCUGAACCAAAAACUUUGCAAUUAUUGUAUUUGAUUACUUUAACCAAUUUUAAUUCUCACCUUUCUUUCUUUCUUUUUAUAAAUAAACCUUUACCAUUUAGAUACUGAA